AUGGCUGAGAACAAGGAGGAGGAUGUUAGGCUCGGCGCCAACCAGUUCACUGAAAAGCAGCCGCUGGGCACGGCCGCUCAGACGGACAAGGACUACAAGGAGCCACCGCCGGCGCCGCUUUUCGAGCCCGGCGAGCUGAAAUCAUGGUCCUUUUACCGGGCCGGGAUAGCCGAGUUCAUGGCCACUUUCUUGUUUCUGUAUAUUACGAUAUUGACAGUGAUGGGUGUUGGGAGGUCGCCUAAUAGGUGUGCUUCUGUGGGGAUUCAGGGUAUUGCUUGGGCCUUUGGCGGUAUGAUCUUUGCACUUGUGUACUGCACUGCUGGUAUCUCAGCUAGUUUAAUUCUCAGAAGUUUCUUCAGUUAG